UCGUGUCCUAUAUUUAGGUUCUCUGGAUUUUCGCGGAUCUGUAUUUCUUCUGAUGAAGUGUUUCGCCGUCAGUAUACUUGUCAGGCUUAAUUAGAAAGAUAUAAUCCUCCCAGAGAAGGGAGAUCUUUUUCUGUAGUACGUUAAAACGUACGGGAAUGAAGCUGAACGUCGUCGUUUUGGCUGCGCUGGCUGUGCUAACGUGCGCGCCAUGGCGGGUUUGUUCGGAAAAAUCAGAGGAACAUCGGCUUUUGGUGAACAUGACUCUGGUUCGCAACGCUUCGACUGUCGGAGCCCUUUGCUUGGACGGAAGCUUGCCGGCGUAUCACUUGCACAGAGGAUUCGGAGCCGGAGCGAAAAACUGGCUUCUACAGUUCGAGGGCGGAGGGUGGUGUAAUGAUGUUGAAUCAUGCUUGGAUAGAGCUGAAACGCGCAGAGGAUCAACACGUUACAUGACCAAAUUGGAGGUCUUUUCAGGAAUCCUAAGCAACAAUGCUUCUCUCAAUCCAGAUUUUUACAAUUGGAACCGCGUGAAGCUUAGAUAUUGUGAUGGAGCCUCUUUUGCUGGAGAUGCAAUAUUUGACAAUGGGACAUCAUUGCUCUAUUUCAGAGGCCAAAGGAUAUGGCAAGCAAUCAUUCACGAUCUUCUACCUAAAGGUUUAGGAAUGGCCCGCAAGGCUUUGUUAUCAGGCUGCUCUGCUGGGGGUUUGGCUUCGUUUUUGCAUUGUGACAAUUUCACCAAGUAUUUGCCAGCAAAUGCCAGUGUAAAAUGCUUGAGUGACGCCGGAUUUUUUCUAGACGCAAGAGACAUAAGUUUGAACCAUACUAUGAGGUCUUUCUAUAAAGAUUUAGUUUCUCUACAGGGAAUAGAGAAGAAUCUGGACAAGAACUGCACAAGUUCCUUCAAAUUUCCGGACUUGUGCUUCUUCCCGCAGUAUGCGUUGAGAUUCAUUCAGACGCCUUUUUUUAUUUUGAACUCGGCAUACGACGUGUUCCAAUUCCAUCACGGGUUGGUGCCACCUUCUGCUGAUCCGCACGGGCAUUGGAAUCAUUGCAAGCUCAAUCCCGCAGCAUGUGAUGCUAACCAAACAGCCAUAUUACAAGGUUUUAGGCGAGAUAUGAUUGUUUCUCUAUUUUCAUUCUUCGAAUGCUCGGAAAGAGGAGGAAUGUACAUCAAUUCUUGCUUUGCUCAUUGCCAAAGUGAGUCACAAGACACGUGGUUUGGGAUUGAUUCCCCAAGAAUACACAACAAGACCAUUGCGCAAGCGGUUGGAGACUGGUACUUUAGCAGGAGGGUGACCAAGGAGAUUGAUUGUGCUUAUCCAUGUGACACCACGUGCCAUAACCUCAUACCUUAGGCUCAGGUUUCUUUUCUGUUGAAGUUCAAAAACUAGGUGGAACAGAAUAACAAUUUGUUUGUUUUGUUUUUGUUUUUUUUUUUUCCUCUCAUGAAGCUUCUUUAAUUCUGAAAAAGAAGCUUUAUCAAUGAAUGUUUUUGAUUCUUUGGAAGGGAACAACAAAAUACACACUGAUACAUGUAUAGC